GCGAGCCGAGGGGCCGUACUCUCUCUUCCUUUCCACGCGGUUGAAGAGACCGGUCGGCCUGAGCAGGGUGUGCUAAGUGAUGCCGGGAAAACUUCGCACUGUCGAGGGUUUGGAAUCAGACGCGGCCAUGGAAAAGAAAGGAAAGGAGAAGAAAGGUAGAAAAGAAAAGCCAAAAUCCAACAAGACGGAGGAGUCACCAGAAGGAAAGGAAGAAAAUAUUUCUUCUAAAACUAAAAGUGUUAAGAAGAAAGUAGGUCCUUCUGAAGUUGACAUGAAACCUUCUAAAUCCAAAAAGGCUAAAAAGCAAGAGGAGCCACCCCAGGAUGAAGUUAUUUCCCCUAAAACCAAAAGUACAAAAAAACAAAAGGAGCCCAUUGAAGAGGAAGUUGCCUCUCCUAAAAUCAAAAAAGCAGUAAAAUGUCAGGAGCCUUCUGAAGAAGACAUAGGUGUCCCAAAGCCCAAAAAGAUGAAGAAAGAAAAAGAAAUCAAUGGAGAAAUUGGAGCAAAAAGCCCCAGACUGAAAAAUGGGUUAUCUCAUCCUGAAGCUGAUUCAAGUGGUGCCACCAGUGAAGAAAAUAACAGUGAGAUAGAACAGGAAAUACCUGUGGAACAAAAAGAAGGCGCUUUUUCUAAUUUUCCCAUAUCUGAAGAGACUGUUAAGCUUCUCAAAGCUCGAGGGGUGACUUUCCUGUUUCCUAUACAAGCAAAAACCUUUCACCAUGUCUAUAGUGGGAAAGACUUAAUUGCACAGGCACGGACAGGCACGGGGAAGACUUUCUCCUUUGCCAUCCCUUUGAUAGAGAAACUUCAGGGACAGCUGCAAGACAGGAAGAAAGGCCGUGCCCCGCAGGUACUUGUUCUUGCACCUACAAGGGAGUUGGCCAAUCAAGUAAGCAGAGACUUCAGUGACAUCACGAGAAAGCUGGCAGUAGCUUGUUUUUAUGGUGGAACGCCAUAUGGAGGUCAAAUUGAACGAAUGCGCAAUGGUAUUGAUAUCCUGGUUGGGACUCCUGGUCGUAUCAAAGACCACUUACAGAAUGGCAAGCUGGAUCUCUCUAAACUGAAGCAUGUUGUCCUAGAUGAAGUUGACCAGAUGCUGGAUAUGGGUUUUGCUGAUCAAGUGGAAGAGAUUCUUUGUGUGGCUUAUAAGAAAGAUUCUGAAGACAAUCCUCAAACUUUGCUUUUUUCUGCAACUUGCCCAAGUUGGGUAUUUAAUGUUGCUAAGAAAUACAUGAAAUCUACAUAUGAACAGGUGGACCUAAUUGGUAAAAAGACUCAGAAAACAGCAAUAACUGUGGAGCAUCUGGCUAUCAAGUGCCACUGGACUCAGAGGGCAGCAGUUAUUGGAGAUGUGAUCCGUGUAUACAGUGGCCAUCAAGGGCGCACUAUUGUCUUCUGUGAGACCAAGAAAGAAGCCCAGGAAUUAUCACAGAAUGCAUCCAUAAAGCAGGAUGCUCAGUCAUUACACGGUGACAUUCCACAGAAACAAAGAGAGAUCACCCUGAAAGGUUUUAGAAAUGGUGAUUUUGGAGUUAUGGUAGCAACCAAUGUUGCUGCACGUGGAUUAGAUAUCCCUGAGGUUGAUUUGGUUGUACAAAGCUGUCCACCAAAGGAUGUAGAGUCCUACAUUCAUCGUUCUGGGCGGACAGGCCGAGCCGGAAGGACAGGGGUUUGCAUCUGCUUCUAUCAGCACAAGGAAGAGUAUCAGUUAGCACAAGUGGAGCAGAAAGCGGGAAUUAAAUUUAAACGAAUAGGAGUCCCUUCUCCAACAGAAAUAAUAAAAGCUUCUAGCAAAGAUGCCAUCAGGCUUUUGGAUUCUGUGCCUCCGACUGCCAUUGGCCACUUCAAACAGUCAGCUGAGAAGCUGAUAGAGGAGAAGGGAGCUGUAGAGGCCCUGGCUGCAGCACUGGCGCACAUUUCAGGAGCUACGUCAGUAGACCAGCGCUCUUUGAUCAACUCAGAGGCAGGUGUUUGUUUUGAUGUCCGUACUGCUGCAGUUACAGAAAUACAGGAGAAAUGGCAUGACUCGAGACGCUGGCAGCUUGCUGUGGCCACAGAGCAGCCAGAGCUGGAAGGACCACGGGAAGGAUUUCGAGUCUUAAUAGCCGGAGACGUCUCCAAUCCGUUCCCCCAAUUGGCCAUUUAG